AUGGGCCGGCGAGAAGGUCGAGGAGCCAAGCAGACCGUCAAGGAGGGAGCCAAGGAUGGAGCCAGGGCUGUCGCCAGGAAGGCCGGAGAAGCUGGAGAAAACCAGAGUCGCUCCCUCGGCCCAAGGAAGGAUACGAAGAGGGGCAAGGAAGCUGCUGAGACCUUCAGCGAAACUGUGAAGGACGGCUUCAUGACCAGUGUCAACGCUGUCGGAAGCGCAAUCGCCACCGCCGCCACCGCCGUCAAGGAUGGAGCCGUUGAGGGCGCGAAGGUUGCCGGCGAGACCGCUGCCAAGGGAGCCGGAGCCGUGGUUGGAGUUGCCCAGAAUGCGGGCGAGGCCGUCGUUGAUGGCGCCAAGGCCGUUGGAGAGACUGUUGCUGAUGGAGCCAAGGCCGCCGGACACGGAGUUGCUGAGGGAGCCGGAGCCGCCGCUGGAUUCGUUGUGCGAACAGGCGAGGGAGCCGUCGACGUCGCCAAGGAUGCCGGUGAACACGUUGCCGAGGGAGCCAAGACGGUCGCCCAUGGAGCCGCCAAGGGUGCCGGAGCCGUCGUGGAGACCGCAUCGCAGGGCGCCGAGGUGGUUGCUGAUGGCGCGAAGGCCGCUGGCCGUGGAGUCGCGUAUGGUGCUGGAGUCGUUGGAGGAGCCGUCGCGAAGACUGGUGAGGGAAUCGUUGAGACCGGACGUGACGCGAAGAAUGCCGUCGGCCGGGGCAUCGAGAACACCGGCGAGGCCAUCCAGGAC